AUGGAUACACCCUACCCCGAACUCGUCUGGAUUCAGACGUCGCCCGGAACAUGGCAGCGCAGCAUCGAUGAGGUCGAGGAGUUCUACGCCUCCAUGCCCGUCCUCUACGAGGGCAGCGGCCUCAUGUUCUUCGCCAUCACCGGCCACAUCUCUCUGACCUUCGACACCGCCGGUAUCAAAGAGUCUUCCGAUGCUGCUAAACGCGUCGACGAAGCCCUCAAGAGUGCCUGGCUAGCCCUGCGUCACGACCAUCCCACCAUCGCCUCCCAAGUCACUCGGGACCUCACCACGGGCAAAUGGACAAAGACGUACCAGCAACUCCAAGAUGAAGCUGACCAGCAGUCUUGGAUCAAUAAGACUCUCGUCUCCAUCUCCACCGGACAAACCGGCGUAGUAUGGGCCAACUCUCAACCGCCAGCCCCAAAGAUCCCAACCCUCUUCAUCCUCAGCCCACCAUCCACCACCAUCAACCUCAUCCGCCGGGACCUCGUCCUCCGCUCCCCGCACGACAUCAUAGACGGCAUCGGCACCCUCGCCCUCCUCAACAACCUCAUCACCCACGCCUCAAAAGCAUUCUCCUCGCCCACCACCCCUAAUCCCCUGAACUUCACCGGCUCUGAGGCAGCAAACCUCAGCCCGCCCUACCGGAUCGCAGCAAACGUGCCCCCAACCCUCACCGAAUCCCAAACCGCACGCCUAGCCACAAUGGCCGCCCAGAAGUCCGAAGCAAUGAAUCCCCCACCCGGCACCCAACUCAUCGACAUGCCCUACCGCCGCGGCCAGCUCCUCCCCGGCCGGCACCAACGCGUCGCAAUCACCCUCACGCAAGAUCAAACAGCCCGCCUCACCGCAGCGUGUAAAUCCGCCGGCGCGACGGUGACGCACGCCUUUCACGCCGCCAUCGCCCUCGUGGUCCGCGACAUCCAACCACCGUCGAUCCGCGGUCCCGAAACGAAACGCGUGCGAUACGUGAAUUACAUCCUACGUAACGAGCGUGCAAGCUGCCAGCCGCCGUACGACUCCUCUCAACACCCCGCUGCGCUGUACCACUCCGUGCCAGGGCAAAGUCUCGUCGUCGACAUGGACCUGCCCGCCUCAGGCGACGACGGCAGCAAAAACAACAACGCCAACAAAGAUGAAUUCCUCCCCGUCGUCCAGAUAAUGAAAGACUUCUACCACAGCGUCAAAGACGACAAAGAGCACUACGCCCUCGCCUCGACAAUCUGGGCUGCAGGAAACCCCACAGUCCCCCUAUCCCCAACCCCUCUCCCCGUGCCGCCGCCCAAGGAACACCCUUCGGUGUCAAUUUCCAGCAUGGGCCGCGUCGACGGCAUAAUCGCCCCCAAGACGGGCACCAUCGAGGCGUAUGAUCCGUGGGUGACUGGUGAGGAGCUGGGUAACGGGCUGGGUCUAUUCUUGGGCACGUUCCGGGGCGAGCUGUGCCUUAGCGCUGCGUUUAACGAUGCAUGGCAUACUGAAGCCGAUGUCCUGGAUUUCUUGAGACGUUGUAAGGAUGUUGUUUUCCGUGGUUUCGGUCUCUCACUUGAGUAA